AUGGCUGUGAGGGCACCCUGGGCGGGACAGGCAAAGGGGAUCUUGGGAGGCUGGGGGCCCCUCUGCUUGCUCGUCUCUCUGCUUCUCCAGUACCCGGGAGUCCACAGCAAGUGCUACUUCCAAGCUCAAGCCCCCUGCCACUAUGAGGGGAAGUAUUAUAGCCUGGGCGAGUCCUGGCUCCGAGGGGACUGUUUCCACUGCACCUGCCUGCAUCCCGUUGGGGUGGGCUGCUGCGACACGUCCCAGCACCCCAUCGACUUCCCUGCUGAGUGCGAGCUCCGCCGGGAGGCAGACACCUGCCAGUUUUCCCUGGUGCAGAAAGCGGACCCUCGGCUGCCCUGCAAAGGGGGAGGACCCGACCCAGAGUGGGGCUCCGCAAAUACCCCUGCUGCCGGGGCUUCUGCUCCCCACUCCAGCUAGACCCUUCU